AUGUUUAUGUACAGAAUUGAGCUAUUUAUAAAAGUUACUAAAGUUACUAAACAUGAAUACGGACACUGAAAAGAUAACAUUUCGUUCAAUUAAACAACAAAACUUAAGGAAAAGACGGAAAUCUAUAAGUGAAGUUGAACAGGACAAUGAAAUUGUUGAAGGAGAUAGCAUUAAUCACGAUUUGAUCAAUGAAACCAAAGCAAAACAAAAACUUCGAACACGUCAAAAUGGCGUGAAUUUUGUGACUUUGGCACUUGGAAAAAAAAUAUCACUCGAAGAAGAAGUCUCGGUCAAAGAUCCGUUUAAUAUUCAAAUAGGAGGAAUGGUCAAUAUGCAAGCUCUCAAAGCAGGAAAAAUUAAAACUAAUUAUGACGAUGCUUAUGAUACUGGCAUUGGCACACAAUUUUCGGCAGAAACCAAUAUAGGCGACACAGAUGAAGAAAUGAUGAAAUACAUAGAUGAGCAAAUGAAAAAACGAAAUGGGAUUACAAUUGAUAAAGACGGCGAGACGAUAAGUAAAUACCUGACACCUGAAGAAGCUGCUCUCUUGGCUCUUCCAGCACACUUAAGAGAAUGUUCCACAAAAAAAUCUGAAGAGAUGCUGUCAAAUCAAAUGCUUAAUGGAAUACCUGAAGUGGAUCUUGGAAUUGAAACUAAGAUAAAAAAUAUCGAAGCCACAGAAGAGGAAAAACAAAAGCUAAUAUCAGAUCAAAGGAGAAAUUUGAAAGAUUUGCCAUCUCAAUUUGUACCUAAGAAUUAUGCUGUAAAUUUCGUUCAACAUAAUCGAUUUAAAUUAGAACAAACCGAUCAUCCACAAAAGAAACAUCAUGAAAAUGGAGAUUCUUCUCAAAAUGUGACUUUGGCACUUGGAAAAAAAAUAUCACUCGAAGAAGAAGUCUCGGUCAAAGAUCCGUUUAAUAUUCAAAUAGGAGGAAUGGUCAAUAUGCAAGCUCUCAAAGCAGGAAAAAUUAAAACUAAUUAUGACGAUGCUUAUGAUACUGGCAUUGGCACACAAUUUUCGGCAGAAACCAAUAUAGGCGACACAGAUGAAGAAAUGAUGAAAUACAUAGAUGAGCAAAUGAAAAAACGAAAUGGGAUUACAAUUGAUAAAGACGGCGAGACGAUAAGUAAAUACCUGACACCUGAAGAAGCUGCUCUCUUGGCUCUUCCAGCACACUUAAGAGAAUGUUCCACAAAAAAAUCUGAAGAGAUGCUGUCAAAUCAAAUGCUUAAUGGAAUACCUGAAGUGGAUCUUGGAAUUGAAACUAAGAUAAAAAAUAUCGAAGCCACAGAAGAGGAAAAACAAAAGCUAAUAUCAGAUCAAAGGAGAAAUUUGAAAGAUUUGCCAUCUCAAUUUGUACCUAAGAAUUAUGCUGUAAAUUUCGUUCAACAUAAUCGAUUUAAAUUAGAACAAACCGAUCAUCCACAAAAGAAACAUCAUGAAAAUGGAGAUUCUUCUCAAAAGUCAAAGAUUAUGAAGAAGGCUACAGAUGACUAUCAUUUUGACAAAUUCAAAAAGCAAUUUCGUCGUCACUGAUGCGUACACUUGUCACUUACUUAUUACUUUUAAAUGUACAUGUACACUCAAUUAAACAUAAUACAAAUUAUUCAUCAUUAGAUUUUAUUGAUUUAUUUUUAUUCCAAUUAAUUACAAAGUAUUGAUGAACAUUGAAUGAGAUAUA